AUCAUUUCUUGCAAGACCAGAAAAUAUUUCGAGUUGACAUCUCUUGGAAUUUUGCAUUUUACAUGGCGUUUGCAAGCAACUUUGCCAAAAUAGAUCCGUUGGUCUUUAUCGUAGCACUUGCUAUUGAAAUCGUUGCUUUGAUAUUAGAUAAUAGUCAACCACGGAGCAGACCGUUUUUCUUGGAAGACGCAACUGUUUGGUAUCAAAGAGCCUCUUCUUCCACUGUUCCAUUUUGGUUAAUUCCUGUCGUCGGUUUUGCUGGUUUUGUACCUUGUAUGCUAUUGCUCGAAUGGGUUACUAAAAAGAGGUCCAAAAUAGGGUCACAAGUCUUUAUCCAAGCCAUUCGACAGAUUAUCAACUAUACGACAGCCUUUCUUCUCACUAGCGCAUUUACGCAAUUCGGAAAAUGGUAUGUUGGUUACUUGAGACCUGACUUUGCUACUCGUUGUCUCGGUAACAGUGCCAUACCUCCCACAGAAUAUAACCACUCCGUCAUCUUGAGUGACCAACAGUGUACGAGUGGUCUUCAAGGAAGCAUUGAUAAUGGUCGCAAGUCCUUUCCUAGUGGUCAUGCGAGUACUGCUAUGAGUCUUUGUUUUUAUUUCGUUUUGUAUUUGAUGCACAAGUCGACCAAAGUAGCUUCUCCUUGGAUCGCUCAAGUAUUGCAAGUCUUUGGUUUGUUACCGUUGGCUUUUGGAUUGUAUGUCGGUGCUUCAAGAAUUGUGGAUAAUCGUCAUCAUCCUGCAGAUGUGGUUGCUGGUAGUUUGCUUGGCAUAUUGUUUGCCAGCAUAUUCUUUUGGAAAACUAAAGUUGCACUGGAACACGAAGAUAGAACGGAGGAAUAUUUGGCUGCACGAAUGGAGGAUGAUGCACAUGAGCCUAUUGAGUUGGCUUAUUAUUAAUAGAAAUGGGAUAUUCUUGUUCCAAAA